CUCCGCGUCCUUCCCCUUCCCCCUCCUUCUCACGGACUCCUGCUUACCCCGAGACGCCCGCAGCCCGAGGACUCACUAGCGGCAGAGACCGCGGGCCCGGGCGCGGGGGAGGCCGCCGAUCGAGUCGGCUCCCUCCGCCCCGCGAAGCCUGCACGCCCGCCGGUGAAUCAAAAAGGGCCCAGGAAGCCUAUGAAUGUUGGAGAAAAUUCAUCUGUGAAUUUUUGAUGUUUAAGGAGUUUUUUGUAUUUGUAUUCAUCUUUUAAACUGGGAAGAUUUCAUAUUUUAUUUUAAAACUUCUUGGUAUUUACAAUGAAUGGACACAGUGAUGAAGAAAGUGUUAGAAACAGUAGUGGAGAAUCAAGCCAGUCGGAUGAUGAUUCUGGGUCAGCUUCGGGCUCAGCAUCGGGUUCAAGUUCUGGAAGCAGUAGUGAUGGAAGCAGUAGCCAGUCAGGUAGCAGUGACUCUGAGUCCGGAUCUGAAUCAGGCAGUCAGUCAGAGUCUGAAUCAGACACUUCCCGAGAAAACAAAGUCCAAGCAAAACCACCGAAAGUUGAUGGAGCUGAGUUUUGGAAAUCUAGCCCUAGUAUUCUGGCCGUUCAGAGAUCUGCAAUGCUCAAGAAGCAGCAGCAGCAGCAGCAGCAGCAGCAGCAUCAGGCUUCAUCUAAUAGUGGAUCAGAGGAGGAUUCCUCCAGCAGUGAAGAUUCUGAUGACUCAUCGAAUGAGGUCAAAAGGAAAAAACAUAAAGAUGAAGAUUGGCAAAUGUCUGGGUCAGGAUCUCCAUCUCAAUCUGGUUCAGAUUCAGAAUCUGAAGAAGAAAGAGAUAAAAGCAGUUGUGAUGAAACAGAAUCUGAUUAUGAGCCAAAAAGCAAAGUUAAAAGCAGAAAACCUCAAAAUAGAUCUAAGGCAAAAAAUGGGAAGAAAAUUCUUGGACAAAAAAAGAGACAGAUUGAUUCAUCUGAGGAGGAAGAUGAUGAAGAAGAUUAUGAUAAUGAUAAAAGAAGUUCUCGUCGCCAGGCAACUGUCAAUGUUAGCUAUAAAGAAGAUGAAGAAAUGAAAACAGAUUCUGAUGAUCUACUGGAGGUGUGUGGAGAGGAUGUUCCUCAACCUGAGGAAGAAGAAUUUGAAACAAUAGAACGUUUUAUGGAUUGUCGGAUUGGGAGAAAAGGAGCUACUGGUGCUACUACAACCAUCUAUGCAGUUGAAGCAGAUGGUGACCCAAAUGCAGGAUUUGAAAAAAACAAGGAACCAGGCGAGAUCCAAUAUUUGAUUAAAUGGAAAGGAUGGUCCCAUAUUCACAAUACUUGGGAGACAGAAGAAACCCUUAAGCAGCAGAAUGUUAGAGGAAUGAAAAAAUUGGAUAACUAUAAGAAAAAAGAUCAGGAAACAAAAAGAUGGUUGAAAAAUGCUUCUCCAGAAGAUGUGGAAUAUUAUAAUUGCCAGCAAGAACUUACAGAUGAUCUACACAAACAGUAUCAAAUUGUGGAACGAAUAAUUGCUCAUUCCAAUCAGAAGUCAGCAGCUGGUUAUCCCGAUUAUUACUGUAAAUGGCAGGGCCUUCCAUACUCAGAGUGCAGCUGGGAGGAUGGAGCUCUAAUUUCCAAAAAGUUUCAAGCAUGCAUAGAUGAGUAUUUUAGCAGGAAUCAAUCAAAAACCACUCCUUUUAAAGAUUGCAAAGUAUUAAAACAAAGGCCAAGAUUUGUAGCCCUAAAAAAGCAACCAUCCUAUAUUGGAGGACAUGAGAGUUUAGAAUUAAGAGAUUAUCAACUGAAUGGUUUAAAUUGGCUUGCUCACUCUUGGUGCAAAGGAAAUAGUUGCAUCCUUGCUGAUGAAAUGGGCCUUGGAAAAACAAUACAGACGAUCUCAUUUCUGAACUAUUUGUUUCAUGAACAUCAAUUAUAUGGACCUUUUCUGUUAGUGGUACCACUUUCCACUCUUACUUCUUGGCAAAGGGAAAUUCAGACAUGGGCUUCUCAAAUGAAUGCUGUGGUUUAUUUAGGUGACAUUAACAGCAGAAAUAUGAUAAGAACUCAUGAAUGGAUGCAUCCCCAGACCAAACGGUUAAAAUUUAAUAUACUUUUAACAACUUACGAAAUUUUAUUGAAGGAUAAGGCAUUCCUUGGAGGUCUAAAUUGGGCGUUUAUAGGUGUAGAUGAAGCACAUCGAUUAAAGAAUGAUGACUCUCUUCUGUAUAAAACUUUAAUAGACUUUAAGUCCAAUCAUCGUCUCCUUAUUACUGGAACUCCUCUACAAAACUCCCUCAAAGAGCUCUGGUCUUUGCUACAUUUCAUUAUGCCAGAAAAGUUUUCUUCCUGGGAAGAUUUUGAAGAAGAACAUGGAAAAGGCAGAGAAUAUGGUUAUGCAAGCCUCCACAAGGAGCUUGAGCCAUUUCUGUUACGCAGAGUUAAAAAAGAUGUGGAAAAAUCUCUUCCUGCCAAGGUUGAGCAGAUUUUAAGAAUGGAAAUGAGUGCUUUACAGAAACAGUAUUACAAAUGGAUAUUAACUAGGAAUUACAAAGCCCUCAGCAAAGGUUCCAAGGGCAGUACCUCAGGCUUUUUGAACAUUAUGAUGGAGCUAAAGAAAUGUUGUAACCAUUGCUACCUCAUUAAACCACCAGAUAAUAAUGAAUUCUAUAAUAAACAGGAGGCCUUACAACACUUAAUCCGUAGUAGCGGAAAAUUGAUUCUUCUUGACAAACUGUUAAUUCGUCUAAGAGAACGAGGCAAUAGAGUUCUUAUUUUUUCUCAAAUGGUGCGGAUGUUAGAUAUUCUUGCAGAAUAUUUGAAAUAUCGUCAAUUCCCCUUUCAAAGAUUAGAUGGAUCAAUAAAAGGGGAGCUGAGAAAACAAGCUCUAGAUCAUUUUAAUGCUGAAGGAUCAGAGGAUUUCUGCUUUUUACUUUCCACAAGAGCUGGAGGCUUGGGAAUUAAUUUAGCCUCCGCUGACACUGUUGUUAUAUUUGAUUCUGAUUGGAAUCCACAAAAUGAUCUUCAGGCACAGGCUAGAGCUCAUCGAAUUGGGCAGAAGAAACAGGUGAAUAUUUAUCGUCUAGUUACGAAGGGAUCAGUUGAAGAGGAUAUACUUGAAAGGGCCAAAAAGAAGAUGGUUUUAGAUCACCUUGUAAUUCAGAGAAUGGACACAACUGGGAAGACAGUACUACAUACGGGUUCUGCCCCCUCAAGUUCUACUCCUUUCAAUAAAGAAGAAUUAUCAGCCAUUUUAAAGUUUGGCGCUGAGGAACUUUUUAAGGAACCUGAAGGAGAAGAGCAAGAGCCCCAGGAAAUGGAUAUAGAUGAAAUCUUGAAGAGGGCUGAAACUCAUGAAAACGAACCAGGCCCUUUAACUGUAGGAGAUGAGUUGCUUUCCCAGUUCAAGGUUGCCAACUUUUCAAAUAUGGAUGAGGAUGACAUUGAGUUGGAACCAGAAAGAAAUUCAAAGAAUUGGGAAGAAAUAAUUCCAGAAGAUCAAAGAAGACGAUUAGAAGAGGAAGAAAGACAAAAGGAACUUGAAGAAAUUUAUAUGCUUCCAAGAAUGAGAAACUGUGCAAAACAGAUUAGUUUUAAUGGAAGUGAAGGGAGGCGCAGUAGAAGUAGGAGAUAUUCUGGAUCUGAUAGUGACUCAAUCUCAGAAAGGAAAAGGCCAAAGAAACGUGGAAGACCACGGACUAUUCCUCGAGAGAAUAUCAAAGGAUUUAGUGAUGCAGAAAUUAGGCGGUUUAUCAAGAGUUACAAGAAAUUUGGUGGCCCUCUGGAAAGAUUAGAUGCAAUUGCUCGGGAUGCUGAAUUAGUUGAUAAGUCAGAGACAGACCUCCGACGAUUAGGAGAAUUGGUGCAUAAUGGUUGCAUUAAAGCUUUAAAGGAUAAUUCUUCAGGAACAGAACGAACAGGUGGUAGACUUGGAAAAGUGAAGGGUCCAACAUUCCGAAUAUCAGGUGUACAGGUGAAUGCCAAGCUCGUCAUCUCCCACGAAGAAGAAUUAAUACCAUUGCACAAAUCCAUUCCUUCAGAUCCAGAAGAAAGAAAGCAGUAUACUAUCCCAUGCCACACAAAGGCAGCUCAUUUUGAUAUAGACUGGGGCAAAGAAGAUGAUUCCAAUUUGUUAAUUGGUAUCUAUGAAUAUGGAUAUGGAAGCUGGGAAAUGAUUAAAAUGGAUCCUGACCUCAGUUUAACACACAAGAUCCUUCCAGAUGAUCCUGAUAAAAAACCACAAGCAAAGCAAUUGCAGACACGUGCGGACUACCUCAUCAAAUUACUUAGUAGAGAUCUUGCCAAAAAAGAAGCUCAGAGGCUUUCUGGUGCAGGAGGAUCAAAGAGGAGAAAAGCAAGAGCUAAGAAGAAUAAAGCAAUGAAGUCUAUAAAAGUGAAAGAAGAAAUAAAGAGUGAUUCUUCACCCUUGCCUUCAGAGAAGUCUGAUGAAGAUGAUGAAAAGGAUGAGAUCACUUCUGUGAAACAUCCAAAUAAAAAAAUUAAAACAGAAAGAGACAGUGAAGAAAGACCUGAGCCAGAUGUUUUUAUAAAGAAGGAAUCAGAAGAAAAGAGGGAAGCAAAAGAAAAAGAGAAUAAAAGAGAACUUAAAAGGGAGCUAAAAGAAAAAGAGGAUAAGAAAGAUAUAAAGGAAAAAGAUUUUAAAGAGAAAAGAGAAAACAAAGUAAAAGAAGCUAUACAGAAAGAAAAAGACAUAAAGGAAGAAAAGUUGAGUGAAUCCAAGUCUGAUAGCAAGGAAAGAUCCAAGAAAUCUUCAGUGUCAGAUGCUCCAGUUCAUAUCACCGCAGGUGGUGAACCAGUUCCCAUAUCUGAAGAAUCUGAAGAGCUAGAUCAGAAGACAUUCAGCAUUUGUAAAGAAAGGAUGAGGCCUGUCAAAGCAGCUUUGAAACAACUUGAUAGGCCUGAAAAAGGCCUUUCAGAAAGAGAACAAUUGGAGCAUACUAGACAGUGUUUAAUAAAAAUUGGAGACCAUAUCACAGAAUGUCUGAAAGAGUAUGCAAAUCCUGAACAAAUCAAGCAGUGGAGAAAAAACCUGUGGAUUUUUGUAUCUAAGUUUACGGAGUUUGACGCAAGAAAAUUACAUAAAUUAUAUAAACAUGCUAUUAAAAAACGACAGGAAUCUCAGCAAAAUAAUGACCAGAACAGCAACUCGAAUGCUCAAGUGAUUAGAAAUCCAGAUGUGGAAAGAUUAAAAGAGAAUACAAAUCACGAUGAUAGCAGCAGGGACAGUUAUUCAUCUGAUAGACACUUAUCUCAGUAUCAUGAUCAUCAUAAAGACCGACAUCAGGGAGAUUCUUAUAAAAAGACUGACUCUAGGAAAAGACCCUAUUCUUCUUUUAGUAAUGGUAAAGAUCAUCGUGACUGGGAUCAUUACAAGCAAGAAAGCAGGUAUUACAGUGAUAGAGAGAAACACAGAAAACUGGAUGAUCAUAGGAGUAGAGAUCACAGGUCAAAUUUGGAAGGAAGUUUAAAGGAUAGAUCUCAUUCUGAUCAUCGUUCUCAUUCAGAUCAUCGGUUACAUUCAGAUCAUCGGGCAAGUUCUGAAUAUACACACCAUAAAUCUUCCAGGGAUUAUAGGUAUCAUUCAGAUUGGCAAAUGGACCACAGAGCUUCCAGUAGUGGCCCCAGAUCACCUUUAGAUCAGAGAUCUCCUUAUGGCUCCAGAUCUCCAUUUGAACACUCAGUUGAACACAAAAGUACACCCGAGCAUACCUGGAGUAGUCGGAAAACAUAACAAAAACUGAUACUUUGUCUUUCCGGACUUUUCUUUUAGCCAUAUAUCAUAAACCAACACAAUAAUUGCCUUACAUGACUUGAAAGAUAUAAACAGAUCUUCUAUCAGUAGCAGUAUUGUUACUUCUUUCCAGGAUGCAAGGUCUAUUAUCCCAACAGAAGAGAAAAUAUUUUUAUAUUUAAGGAUUAUGCUGCACUGUACUACAAAUACUGUAGUACUUUUUUUUUUU